GGGAAGGUCGGGGACAUGUAGGAGCAGGACGCCAUGCAUUGGAAGCGAGGAAUUAGUGGAUCCCGCCGAGCCCGGAGGUCGAGGCGAGGCGGGAGCUGCCUGCAUGCAUGCAGCAGCGUCUCGCCGGGAGCGCCCUGGACCAGACCAGGCCGCGGCCCAUUUCUCCAAACAUCACACGGCCCGCCCGGCAGAGCAGACCUUUGUGUUCCACUAAAAAAAAAAAGGCAGAGCAGACCCUACCUUAACUUCCACACAGCAGCGGCGGCGGCGGCGGCGGUACGAUUAGCUUCCUCGCCGGCGCGAUCGACGCCGACUCCGCCACCAGCCUAUGACAUCUGGUGCCCACCUCUGAGAUCCGGACCGAUGGCGGAGACGCAGCCGCGCUCGCCGCCGCCGUCGUGGUCGGCCAUCCCGCUGGACCUGGCGAGCCUGGUGCUCCGCCUCCUCCCCGCGUACGCCGACCGCGCCCGCUUCGCCGCCGUGUGCCCGCAGUGGCGCGACGUCGCGCAACAGUUCCUCCGCCUGCACCCGCCGCUGCCGCUGCUCGCGCUCCCGGACGGCACCUUCUACAGCCUCCCCUACGCCAAGCCCUUCCGCUUCCCGGGAUUCGGCUUCGCCGGGUACCAGGGCGUCUGCGGCAGCUGGCUCGUCUUCCCGCGCGACGACGAGUGCUUCCUGCAUGACCCGUUCGCCAGGGCCACCGUCAGGCUACCUCCUCUCUCCCGCGUCCGGCUGCGUCCUUCAAACGCAGUCCAGAAAUGGACAAAAUGGGAAGACGGGGAGCGCUCCCCCGACCCUUACACCACAUGGAUGCAUAUAGAGGACAUGGAAGGGAAGCUGCGCAUGAGCAAGAUAAUAUUGUGCUCCCCCAACCUUGUUGCUGCGCUGGUCGGUGUUGGAAGACCCUGUCACCUUCCAAUAUGCCAUCCAGGAGGCCCCAGUCAGAUUCUAAUGUGCCAGCCGGGGGCCUCGUCGUGGUCAGUACGCGCCUACGACAAGUGUAGGCUUUAUGAAGACAUGGCGUUCUACCAGGGCAAGCUCUAUGCCAUUGCCAAUGAUGAGAACCUCUUUGUGGUGAACAUCAGCCAGGACCAAUGCACCGGGGAUCCACAGGUUUCUCGAGUUGGACAGGUCAUCAAGGGUGAUCCCUGGCAGACAGUUGCGUCCGAAGACGACAACACGCCCGGCAAGAAGCUCUACCUGGUUGAAUCACGCGGUCCAACCCUGUUCGGCAUCGACCACCCGACUCUCUCCGCGGUGAACGAGUCCGCCGGGUUCGUGGUCCUCUCGCGGACGGUCGAGCUCUGGCGCGGCGGUGAUGGCCGGCAGGGACCUCCCCGCCAGGCAUCCUUCAACACAAGCUUCACCAUGGACGGGACCUCCCCUGUGGCGUUCGUCGUCCUCCUCGACCGGUUCCCGACGUAUAAGGGAAAGUUUAUCAGCGUGACGACGUUCAUCUCGGGCCCCGGCGACCCCACGCAGCGGGGCAGCAACCGCUUUGCCGCCGUCGAGGUUGGCACGGUGAAGUCGUACGCCCCCGAGUCUCCACGCGUGGGCCUCAACGUCACCGUCACGCCCAGCGGCGCGACGCGGAUCGUGACCGUGUGGAUCGACUACCACGCCGUGGUGUCCCGCCUCUCAGUGUUCGUCGGCCCCGCCGGCCGGACUAAGCCCCGCGAUCAGCUCGUUGGCGGCUCGGCCGUCAACAUGACGGGUCGCACCAACCAGUCCGCGUUCGUCGGCUUCUCCGCCUCCAGGGUGACCUAUGUCCUCGCCGGCAUCCGCGGCUGGGAUCUGACGGUGGAGAGGCUCUCGCCGGCUGCCGAGAAGGAUGAUAAUAAGAAGUCAUGGCUGGUGAUACUGCUCGCCGUUCUAGGAUCUGUGGCUUCCACGGCUGCCGUGGCCGCCGCCGUCGCUUUUUACUACAACUCCAGGUACAGGAGGUGGAAGAAGGACCUGGAGCAGCUGGCCAAGUCCAUGCAACGACUCCCGGGGAUGCCAUGUCGGAUCGACUUCUCCGACAUUAAGAAGGCCACCAAGAACUUCGACGGCACAAUGAAGUUGGGAUCAGGAACCUUUGGCUCCGUGUACAGAUGCAGGCUUCCUGCAGCACCAGAAACGGGCCGUCCAGAAAUGGAGGUGGCCGUCAAGAAGUUCACGCGAAACGAGGACCGGCGCUUCGAUGACUUCCUGGAGGAGGUCAGCGUCAUCAACCGUCUGCGCCACAAGAACAUCGUCCCUCUCAUCGGUUGGUCUUACCAUGGCGGGGAGCCCCUCCUCAUCUUUGAGCUCAUGCCCAAUGGCAGCUUGGACCAACAUCUCUUCCAUCUAAGAACACCAAUUCUCCUAUGGGACACCCGCUAUGCCAUCGUGAGGGACAUAGCCACCGGCCUGCACUACGUUCAUCAUGAGUAUGAGCCCACGGUUCUUCAUCGCGACAUCAAGGCGAGCAACAUCAUGCUCGAUUCCACCUUUGGUGCCCGCCUGGGUGACUUCGGCAUUGCCUGCACGGUCCCUCUCGACCGUAACUCCGUCACCGGCCUCGCCGGGACACAGGGCUACAUAGCGCCGGAGUACGCUUGUAGCUAUAGAGCUACGAGGGAGACUGACAUCUAUGCGUUCGGUGUCGUCGUCCUCGAGAUCGUGACCAGUAGACGAGCGCUCGACAGGGAUGUCCCGUCUGAAGGUCACAUCACAGACUGGAUAUGGCGUUUCCAUUGGGAGGGAAAGUUGCUCGAUGCCAUGGAUCCCGUGCUUGCCAUGGCGGGGUUUGACGAUGAUGACGCCAAACGCCUAAUGUUGCUUGGCUUGGCGUGCACCAACCCAAACCCGUCGAACCGGCCAAGCAUGGCGGAAGUGGUGCAGGUUAUCACCAAAUUAAAGCUACCGCCGACCGUUCCUCCUAAGAAACCAACAUUUGUGUGGCCUCCACAAGGAUGGAAUUCAUUGAGCUCUUACUUUAGCACAGAGACAAGUACAAUUUAUGCAAGUGGCUCAUCAACCAAGGCCAGACAGGUGUAGGACACAUUUCAAAAAUACCAGUUUAAAAUUCGAUUAUUUGUUCGCACUUCACCUAGAUGAAUAUGUGCUUGUUUUGGAGUGUAACACGUGACCCUGGCUAUCAUAUCAUAAGUUAAGACUUUUGAAUGUGUUGG